GUGCUGGUCACCACGUUCCCGUAUUGGUUGCAGCCGGGUUUAGAAAGUGCACGGCGUGAGCUCUUGAGCGGGACGAAGCUGGUCAUCUUCGACGAGGCCCAUAACGUUACGCUGAUACUGAAACUGACGUGUUGAAGCUGAUGCUGCUAAGCGCUGCGCUUCUCACUUCCCAGAAGAGGCAGAUGCUGGCUAAGUAUUCACAUUGAGUUAAGUUAUCUCCUUUCCGCGUCGAUAUAUAAGUGAAAGCGCUAGGCUGUAACAGUAGCUGCUCCAUCGUGGGCGCCGAUUUCGUUUUCUAAUAUAAUGCCGGGCGUUGUAACUGCUGCUGAAACCGCUUUCGCGCCUCAUCCUCGCUACGUGCCGCUCUUGGAGAUAGAAAAAGCACGACACCGCGACCGCCGGUGGCCGGUGGAGCUUCCCAGCGCGGUACGUACUUACAUCAUUAGCUUUCGUCAAAUUUUUUAGCGUCGUUCUCUGGCUACAGCAAACACAUGGCAUGCUCGGAGUCGUUAGAAGUACUAGUGGCUUCGCUAAGUCAGAGUGUGCACCUGUUGUUUGUGAAUACAGUGCGGGCAUGACUUCCCAAACCAUAACUCUGCAGGUCGUUGAAGAGCUGAAAAACCUCGAGGCAGACAGUUCGGCUCCGCAUGCUUUUCGCCAAACGCUCAAAGCCCCAGGCGCAAAGGUUUAUCUCAUGUUAUGACAGGCUAUCCGGUAGGGCUUUGUUUAUUUGAUUCAUUGAAAGGCUAGUGCGUCGCUUCGACUCGUGUAGUUUGUAUGGCCUCGAUAUAGAGGGGGGCCACCAAUCUCGCUAGUUUGACUAGGUAGCAAGGGCUCUUUGCUGCUUGCGCCCGUGGUUCUACUUCUGCGGGGUUUCUUGGCUAGCUUGCUUCGUCGAUCUUCUUUUCUUUACAAUUACUUCUAAAAACGCCGGCCAGCACCGGCGCGCCGUCUGCAGUGACGUCCGGAAGCAGUAGUGGCGGCAGUAGCUCUACUUCUAGUUCAUCUAGCUCGGUGAGCCCAGCACAGUGGCCAUCGGAUAAGCUGACGGCAGUGAGUGGCGCAUCCAGGUCCGCCAUCUUCGGAGAGAUCGCAAAGGCAGCCACGCUAGUGCUCAUGUCUGGAACGAUGUUCCCUGAUGCGUUGACCCCGCCGAUGGCCCAGGCUGAGGCGGUCCUCGGUUCAGAUGUGAAGGGUGUUCGAGUUUUUAAACUCAAAGACGGGCCUGCGCGAGUCAUGGUGGUCUGCAACGCGGUCUCGAGUCUGUCGCAGGUAGGUGCCGUAAGCCUCCUCCGCCGCAGUACAUUCGACCCGAAGUUCGUCCUCAGUGAACACCGGAUAUACGUGGCUGAAGUGGUCCGCUUUUGUGUCCAUCUUUGGAAGAAAACGCAGCGCACUGGACUGGUCGUCGUUGCUUGCGUCUCGUAUGCGUCGGCAAAGGAGUUCGCGCAACAAGCGGAAGACCAGCUUCCCGACGUUCUGGUCGAAGGCCAAGGAGAUCAACAGCCGAGCACCCCUGUUUCUGGGUUGUUCUUCGUCGUGCACAAUGGGAAGUUCACUUAAGAGCGCAGGCUUCGCUUUUACUCUCUUCCGACUCCUUUUCUCUUUGGUUCUUUUUCUGGUAACUUUGCAAGUUUUAAAAAUCUGUUUCGUAUAAGAUUUCUCAAAAAUGGCCACGACUACUCUACGAGUGCACAAAAAUGGCCACCACGAGCGUUUGGACCUAGGAGAAAAGUGGCCACCACUAAGCUCCGAGGGAUCAGCCAAACACUUCUUGGAAAUUGAGACUGUCGGGGGUAAGCUUUUUCGUCGGGCGCUCGACGAAAAAGCUUACCUCUGAUAGUCUCAGAGUUUGCUUCGGAUGCCAGACAAACACCUCCUGGAAAUUGAGACUAUCGAUGGUAGACUUUUCCGUCGAGCGCUCGAUGGAAAAGCUUCUUUGCCUCUGAUAGUCCCAAUUUCCAAGAAGUGUUUGCUUCGCAUGCCAGCGAAACACUUCUAGGAAGUUGAGACUUUCGGGGGUGAGCUUUUUUGGCAAGCGCUCGACGCAAAAGCUUACUCACGAUCGUCUUGAUUAUGAUUUCCAGAGAGUGCUGAACUCGAGCAUUCAAAACGAUGGCCUGCCGUCUCUUUUCUUAUGAAAAGUGGCGGGUCAUUUUUUUGUAGAAAAUGGCCGCUCAUUUUUUUGCCAAAUGCGAGUAAGAAUUGACCGAAAUGAAGUGCAACUUUGUUGGAUUCUAGUCGCAGGAUUGCAAAUGGGUGCCCAUUUGCAAUCCUGCGACUAGAAUCCAACAAAAUUGCACUUCAUUUCGGUCAAUUCUUACUUGCAUUUUACAAAAAAAUGACCGGUCGUCUUUCAUGAAAAACGGCUGGUCUUCACCUUUUUGCUCGAGGCCAACACUCCCUGGGAAUCAAGACUAUCGGGGACAAGCUCUUUUAUUGAGCUGUCGAUAAAAAUAAAUAAGCUUGCCCCCGACCGUCUCAAGUUCCAAGAAAUGCUUCCAGAGGAAGUUGAUUUUUUUUUUGAGUAUUUCGGGGAGGGUAUGCAAAUUAUGAGGAUUUUGCCUACCCUCCCCGAAGUACUCAAAAAAAAAAGCCAAACGUUUGCUGAGCGCUUUUCUCCAUGGGAGCCGGCAAUGGCCUCAAGGAGGUCGAAAGCCCGGCCUUCGUGGUGUUUUGAUGUUAAACUUUUAUAAGACACUCACUCUAACUUCUGGAGGGGAGCAACAGACUAGCGUCGGCGGAGCAUUUCGUGAUGGCUGGCUGUCCGUAUCCGCCGCCAUCUGGGCAACGACCUUGGGACGGCGAGCAAUCCGAGGCCACGAUGAUAAGGUCGACGCGUCAAUUCGUUGGGCGGGCGUACCGAGGAUCAGGAGAGGCGCGAACGGUGUGGCUCUUAGACCCGCGCUUCGCGCUCAUGAAGUGGAAAAUCGGACCAGAGUGGGACUGGACUAUCUGCGCCACCACUGUCGAAGCUUUUCAGAAAUAUGGAGUCACGGCGCAGGCGGCUGCGAGCAGCAGCGUGGGCGAAGUUUUCUGAGAAGAUGGCCUUAGAGCUUUGCGAAGUCAGAGCUUUAAUUGCAAAUCGCUCGACGCGAGAAGGUGGCUCGUGUCGAUGUAUAACCUGACGAGAGUAAAACUCUCUGAGAUUGCACGCAAGCCCCUCCACAUUGUCACCCCCACCCUUCCUUUGCAAACUUUCCCCUGAUGAUGUGACUGCAUCGCGCAACGCAUGGAU